AUGAUAAUAGAUAAUCAUUUUUUUCAUUUAGUAAAAUAUAGUCCCUGACCUAUUUUAAUUGCUUUUAACCUUACCAACACCAUUAUAAGUUUAAUUAAAUUGAUUUUAGUUAGCCCCUCACUUCUUUUUUUUUUUUUUUUUUUUUUUACUACUAUUAUAAUUAUGUUUCAAUGAUGACGAGAUAUUAUCCGAGAAUCUUUAUAUGAAGGAUCACGAUCUGUAAAGAUUAAUUAUAUAAUUAGCUCUGGCAUAAUCUUUUUUAUUGUUUCAGAGAUCUGGUUAUUUAUCUCAUUUUUCUGAAUAUAUUUUUAUUACAGAUUAAGACCAGAUAUAACAACAGGUUCAAUCUGACCUCCUUAUCUGAUUAUUCAAAUAAGAUUUAUAGAUAUCCCUCUACUAAAUACUUUAAUUUUACUAAUGUCAGGAUUUUUAAUCACUUGAGCACAUUAUGAUUUAACAAUAAAUAAUUUUAAAAAUUCAAAAACUAGUCUAUUAAUAUCUAUCUUAUUAGGCACAUAUUUUUUAAUAAUCCAGGGGUAUGAAUAUUUAAAUUCAAAUUUUAGAUUCAAUGACAGUGUAUUUGGAAACUCUUUCUUCAUUUUAACUGGAUUUCACGGGUUACAUGUAAUAAUUGGGUUAAUCUUUCUGAUUACAAUAUUAAAUCAACUAUCUAUAAAAACCUUUAGACUAGUAAAUUUAUAUGGAUUUGAAUAUUCUAUUUGAUAUUGACAUUUCGUUGACAUUGUUUGACUCUUUCUUUAUUUAUCAAUUUACUGAUGAGGAAUAUAA